AUGGACGGCAUUUCGAAUGUGAAGAGCAAUGAUGCGAUUCUCGAUCCGACGAGGAGCAAUGAGCCGUCGGGAUAUGGAGAGGCCAGUGCGCCUGCACAUGGGCGAGAGGCAGAUGAAGAGAGGCACGUGACCAGCACCAGGAGGCGGCCGUGGGCGAGGAAGAGCAAGAGUUAUAGCCACGCGCAUUUCAAAGUGUACAAGAGACGGUGGUUUGGGCUCGGGCAGCUGGUGCUGCUGAAUAUCGUUGUUAGUUGGGAUUGGCUAACCUUCGCCCCCGUCUCCACCUCCGCAGCAACCUACUUCUCCGUCUCCGAAACUGCCAUAAACUGGCUGUCAACCGGCUUCCUCUUCGCCUUCGCCAUAACAUGCCCUCUGACCAUCUACCUACUACACCGCGGCCCAAAACCCAGUAUCCUCGCCGCCUCCGCGCUGCUACUAGUCGGCAACUGGAUCCGCUAUGCGGGCACCCGGGCCAACCUUUUCUGGCUGGUGAUGGUCGGCCAGAUAUUGACUGGUCUGGCGCAGCCGUUUGUACUCGCGGCGCCAACUAGGUAUAGUGACAUGUGGUUUACGGAAGAAGGGAGGGUGGGGAGUACGGCAUUGGCGAGUCUAGCGAAUCCGUUUGGGGGUGCGCUAGCUCAACUCAUCAACCCGCUUCUCGGCGAUGUACCGAACAUGGUGCUGAUCAUAUCCAUCAUCUCAAGCGUGGCGUGCAUCCCUUCGCUUUUUAUUCCAGCGGCUCCGCCAUCGCCGCCUACGGCAUCGUCUGGAUUGUCGAAGAUUCCUGUCGGCGAUUCAUUGCGGUACAUGCUGCGAUCUCGACCGUUCUACAUCGUGUUCAUUACGUUUGGGACGUACACUGCGGGCUUCAAUGCUUUCAGCUCGCUGCUGAACCAGAUCCUGUAUCCGUAUGGUUAUUCCGAAGACGAAGCCGGGAUAUGCGGCGCCAUUAUGAUUGUUGUCGGCUUGGUUGUUGCGGCGAUCGUAUCCCCGAUCCUCGGCCGCACACAAGCUUACCUUUUGGGCAUUUGGACGCUGGUUCCGCUGGUUGCAGGAUCAUAUCUAGCGAUGAUCUGGGCACCGCAGACCCGCACUCUCGCAGCACCAUAUCUCAUAAGUGCGGUGCUGGGAGCAAGUAGCUUCAGCUUGAUGCCCGUAGCGCUUGAGUUCCUCGUCGAGAUUACAUACCCGGCGAGUCCUGAGGUUAGCUCGACAAUUUGCUGGGUAGGCGGACAGCUUUUUGGAGCUAUAUUCAUCAUCAUCAUGAAUGCUUUGAAGGAUGGGAGAUAUGUGGACCUAGGAAAGGUCAAUGAUGGUGGAAGGAUAACUAGUUCGGGCACACGGCCACCAGGCAACAUGUACAACGCCUUGGUGUUUCAGGCGGUUGCUGCUAUGGUGGUUCUCCCGCUGCCGCUGAUGCUGGGUACCAAGAGGCUUGGCUUGGGAUUUGGGGAGGGCAGACGUAUCCUGGACGAGAAUCGAGAGGGUACUCAAGAUGCGACAAUUGGUCAUGAGCAAUGA